AUGGAUAAACUGCCAGGGGUGAACGUAUCCACUGCUAAUAGCUCGACUGUGGACCGACUUCGUCCUUCGUUCAUAGAGCGUGGUUCCUACGAGCACCUGGAUCCAGGCGAGCUGCAUGUCCUUGUGCCUGUCAUUCUGGGGGUGAUCUGUGUCCUUGGGUUGGCCGGUACUCUCACAUCUAUGGGCAUCCUGAUCUCCAACGCCCACCGUGGGAAACUCUCCCUCAUCAAUGCUCUCAUCCUCAACCUGAUGUUUGCCGACGGCCUUGUCCUGGCGUUCGCCCUCCCGUUCCGUGCCGCCGCCUUCUCCAAACCCACCUGGACGCUUGGCUGGGCAGUGUGCAAGACCUGUGAUUGGUUCCUGCAGAGCUGCAUGGCUGCGAAGAGUUUUACCGUAGCGGUGUUGGCUAAGGCUUGUUACCGUUACGUCUCUAACCCGACUAAACAGGUCAGCAUCCGUCUACGCUCCAUCCUAUUGGUGAUGUGGUUCCUCUGGCUGUCUGCCUGCUCCGCUCCCAUCCCUACCUGGCUGUUCUCUUCACUGCAGAGAGAGACCCGGGGGCUGGUGUGUGUGCAGGUGGUUCCCUCCGAAGCGCAGGACUUCAUGUCGGUCUACGUCAAGGCGUACCCCAUCGGUGUGUUCUGCGCCCCUUUGAGUUUUUCCCUGCUGUAUUUCUGGUGGGCAUAUGGGCGGUGCCAGCGGCGCUGUAGUAAGACCCAGAACCUCCGAACGCAGAUCAGAUCCAGGAAGCUCACACUGAUGUUGUUCAGUCUGACGGUAGCAAUGGCGAUGCUGUGGCUGCCGCAGUGGGUGGUCUGGGAGUUCACAGAGGGAUACAGAGGUCUGUGGAGGCGCCUUACUCUUCGUAAACACACCCCGUCCAACCCAAACCCCAAACCCGGGCCCCACGCACCCACCGCCCCCCAGUCCCCUUGCCCACGACCAGAGACCUCAGGCCAGCUGCAGGGAGGAGACGGAAGCCUAGGCCCCAUCCCUACCCAGGAGACUAGAGUUGAUCCCCAGCCCCAGGCGGAGCAGGGAGGGGUGGAGGAGGUGGAUGCGGAGGGAGAGAGCCCCCGGGAUGGGAUCGUGCUGCUGGAUGUGGAGCAGUUCUGGCAUGAGAGAGAGACAGGCUCGAUGACAGAGGAGAAUGAUCCCAUACCCUGGGAGCACCAAGAGGGAGCACCAGCCAAGGGGGGGAAGUGA